GAAACAUACACGGGCAGGAUCACAGGUAAAGGAGAAAAGGGGAAGAGAAGAAUGAUAUAAAAACACACCAAACCAAAACUCAGAAUAGCAGAAGAAACACUGCGAGAGGACACCAGAGAUUUUUGGCUGCAAGAAUGUGGAACGACACGGAUCUUCUGAGAAAUGAUUCGUUCUCUUGUGCCUCCCCAUCUGUGGACGGCUACCGUUAUUUUGGUGUCCUGUUGGGAUCAGCAGUCACCAUAGUCGGAACGAUUGGAAAUAUUCUGACAGUGCUAGCCUUUGCUUUUGACACCAACCUGAGGACGCGUUUCAACGUUCUUAUUGUAAACCUAGCCAUUGCCGACAUCCUCUACUGCACUAUGCUCCAGCCAGUCAGCGUCGACUCAUACCUGCACCUGCAAUGGAGGGGCGGAGCUACAUGGUGCCGGAUGUUUGGACUCCUUCUGUUCCUUUCAAACAGCGUGUCAAUUAUAACAUUAUGUCUCAUCGCUAUGAGUCGCUACCUGGUUGUUGCUCAUCGCACAUCACGCUGUGCCCGUCUGUUACUGUCUCAGCGUGGUGUGGCUGCGCUCGUUGUCUCAUCCUGGUUACUGGGUUUGGCCAGUUUCAGUCCACUUUGGCCAGUCUACGUGUUUGCACCGCAGGUCUGCACUUGCAGUUUCCACCGCACUAAGGGACGACCUUACACCACCGUGCUGCUUUUUCUAUAUUUCUUUUUGGGCUUGGGCUUCGUGGGGCUUUUCUACUUUCUGAUCUACCGCAAGGUGCGAGUAGCUUCCAAGGCGUUUCUUAAGUACAGGCCAAGUCGACAAUCAUCAAAACGUAAGACUGCAGAAGCUGAGGGUACCACAGAUGAUAGUGGGAUCAGCGUGAGCGCCUCACAAACUCAAAGCUGUGAGAUCAGCAAUGAUGCGGUUGGAACAGAACAGCACAAGACCAAAGCACUUGAAGCUAAUUCUGAGGUUCCUGAGAUCAGUAAAACCACACAAGAGUCGGCAAUUGUCUCAAAUGUGGUUAAGGUGUCUUCGAAGCCAUCUCCGGUACAAAUUCAGACAACAACCCCUGCGUCUACCACAGGAGAGGACAAUGAAUUCAAACGUGUGACACGCAUGUGUUUCACAGUCUUCUUGUGUUUUGUUGGCUGUUUUGCGCCAUUUCUGUUAUUGAAUGUGGCUGAUAAGGCAAACCGUGCUCCACAGGUAAUUCACAUGUUCUGCGCAAACCUUACCUGGUUGAACAGUUGCAUUAACCCCUUGCUGUACGCAGCCAUGAACCGGCAGUUCAAUCAGGCUUAUAAAGACCUACUACAGAAAGCCAUUCAACCCCUGACCAAUAUUUGGAGAUCUCAACGAUACACAACAGGAGUCAGAUGAUGGGUGAAAAAUUGGCUAAAAGUAAUUUCAAACUACUGAACAAUGGAACCACGGCAAACAAUUUUUUAAGGCUUUCAAUUAAGCCAUUUCUUUCAGUAUUUUACUAAAUGAAUAUAUAUAUAUCAUAUAAGAUGUAUGAAGAUGGUGAUUUUUCAUUCAUUGUGUUCAAGAUCACAGCUAAUUUCCGUUAAUAUCUGACAUAUGCAGGUUUUAUAUAAGCACAGCCAAAGUAUCUAGAAGUAACUUAAAUCAUAUUUACAAGCUUAUUAUUUGUCAUAUACACAUGUAUUGUAUAUUCUCUAGGAUAUUGUCUCUAUUAACAUUGACAAAUAGUAUAGGUUUGCUUUCGUAAAAAUACUUGUAUAACGUCCUUCUGAAUCCUUGGGUUAUUAAAUGAUUACAUACUGUGUUGUCAAAGUUGACAAACACUAUGAAAUACUUUUUAUUGGUUAGACAUUUGCAAACACCAGUGACAAACAUGAAAGGUGAUUCAUUAUAAUGAUUUAUUGCAACAACAAAAAACAUCACGAAAUAUGGUGAUACAAGGUUUCAGAAGGAAACAUUUUUAAUUUGACAGAGAGUACAGUAUCAAGACUCUUAAAGAGUAGGUAGCAUGAGAUCAUGAAAAUGACAUUUCAUGCAGUCUGUUAUGUUGCCGUGUUUGAAAGUAAGCUUUCUGCCAAGUUGUAAGUCCGAAGGUGAAUAAAUAGCAAAGUUAUUUGCUUGUAAAAAAAAAACUACGUCUGAGGGAAAAAUGGUUACAAUUCAUUUUUCAAACGAUACCAGAGGAGUACAACCCCAGGGUUAUACUGUGCGCGCAUCAUUUCAACGAACAUUGGUUUAAUAAUCUUGGCGUGUUCACUGUAGGGUAUGUGAAUGGACUAUCCUUAAAAGAGGGGGCAAUACCAACUCUAUUUGGACCUAUUACCUCUUCUUCCUCGUCAGAUUCGGGCUCAAAUUGGUACGGUAAAAUCGCCGCCAUCUAGAUACACAUAUAAUAUACAUGACAUCCAACCACAUGUAAACCUAAAUCCUGUAAUGAUGGUAGGGGGGUUCCAUUUGCGACUAAUAGUUAAAGCGUGUUUGACCAAUAACAAUAGAUUACACCAUCUGACCAAUCACACAACACAAGGUUAGCGGGUAGGCGGGGCCUAGACGGAUGAAUCGCGGAACGAAUCAUUUGAGAGUCAGUCAAGAAGUAAGGUACGAAUAACUGCCUAAUAUAACAACAUUAUAGUGUUUAAACACAUUGUAUGUACAUAAACUUGUUGUUGGACACUUCAUAAACCAAUGUAGGGCCUAAAAAAAACAUAUGCUAGGUACUCUUUAAAAAUGUUCUGUAAAAUGAAUGUAAAGAAUAUCCUUUGUAUAACGUCUCUAGAAAGGAUUUGUACAGAUUUAAACUACCAUGGGUUUCAACAAUCCCAUGUUUUUAGUGUAAGCAUUUCUUUUUCAAGCUGUGGGAUUUCCAGCUUUACCAAAUAUGUGAAGGGCUUUAUACUGCACACACACAAAAACUUUCUUUUACAACGAGUUCCUCUUCGAAUCAGUUCCUCUUUGCAUUGAUUAAAAGGCAGAGGAACUCAAUGAAUCAUAAUAACAUUAUGACAAAGAUAUUUGCAACCCACAAAUGAACACGGAAGUGUUAAGUGUUGCAAUAUAGACAUCAAGAACAAACUGAUGUGCAUAACAGCUUCAUUACCUCACACACAAAACCACCAAUACAGUUUUUUACCUGCUUUAGCUUUUCUGAUUACAGCAUUUGCAUAAGGUUUUGUACUGGGCCCAUGAAGCCCUUUUUUGUCUCAAAUAAUAUUUGCACAAAUGUUAGUGAAUGUCAAUCUGUACUUUGUGUAUUGUACGAAUAAAUGUUUCCCAAAUUGCCAA